AUUGCGCUCUCCUCAAAAAAUAUAAAAUUCUCCUUGCCGAUCUCGUCUUUCCGUGUCGUUGUUUUCCAUUACAAGAUGAACGCAUUGAUUCUUGCCUCGUUAUUUCCGCAGUGAAGGAACGGGAAUCGUCGAGAAGAAGAGGUGAUCAGCGGUGAUGGCCCGCAUGGGCGGCGCCGAUAGCUCUUCUCCCUCUUUGCCGUCUUCGUUGUCCAAUUCUGGAUCGGCUUUUCAGAAUUACCCUUUGAUUUCAGCUCUGGUGGCCUUCGCGGUGGCGCAGUCGAUCAAGUUCUUCACCACUUGGUACAAAGAAAGUAGAUGGGAUGUUAAACGACUUGUUGGAUCAGGUGGGAUGCCAUCAUCCCAUUCUUCUACAGUAACAGCCCUUGCAGUAGCUAUUGGAUUUCAAGAUGGCUUUGGCAGUUCUCUAUUUGCGACUGCUAUGGUAUUUGCUUGUGUGGUAAUGCAUGAUGCUUUUGGAGUUCGGUUGCAUGCUGGUAAACAGGCUGAGGUGUUAAAUCAGAUUGUCUAUGAACUUCCGGCAGAGCAUCCUUUGGCUGAAACAAGACCACUUCGAGAACUCCUUGGUCACACUCCAGCCCAGGUUGUUGCCGGCGCAAUUCUGGGAAUCAUUACUGCUAAACAGCUGUCUCACAAUUGUUUUCACACAGCAACAGCAACCUGAAAGUCAGCUUCCCCGCAACAGCUUUCUGAGAUAGCGCAGCUUCAACUGAAAAACUGAGAAGUUGCACUUGCCCGCCCCAAACAGACCCUUAGUAAGUAAGUACUAGUGAAUGUGUUCAAGCUCGUUCGAUAGCCAAUCAAACGUUCAUAAACGAGCUUUAAUUGAACCGUGUCAAAAAAUAACUUGUCAAAAACUCGGCUUUAUUUGCAACUCUAUUCAUGGACAUUCUUAUGGUAGCGACAUACUACAUAAUGUUUUG